AAAUGCAAUCAACUCAUUUCGCGUCUUGUUAGAACAGUGCGCGUACCUGGUAGGCCGUAAGAAACCCUCCAAAAUGAAAUCUGUGUCUAAAUCCCUGUAUUUAUUCCGUCAUAUACAAACAAACCAAGUUUUAUUUUCUAUGAAACAAGUUUUGAAACCGACGCAAUUGUUUCAAUUACCGUUCGCCAAGAAAGAACAAUCAACAGCUCCUUAUGGAAUGCGUCCUCCACGGAUUCGCAAAGAUCACUGGGUCCCAAUCUUGAAGGCGGAUUUCGAAAAUGAUCAGGUUGUUACAUCCAUAAUGUCUCAAUUACUAAAUUAUCGUCGAUAUCGGUCUAUUCAACCAUUAGACAAGGAACUUUUAGCUAUGCCCGUAUCUCAAAGGAACCGUUUGUUGAUGCAACAACAAGUUCCUAACACAAUUGCCGAUUUGGCUGAUAUUCUCAGAAAAAAAGAACUCACAAAUGGAUCCGUCAAUAUUCAGUGGAAAGAUCAGACAGACAGUGAAUAUGCUGAUUGGCCUGAAUCAGUCAAAAUGGAUCCCAGAAGAAUUACAACCACACGCGGUUUCCGGCCCUCUUAUCCUUCCUCUUCUACUAUUGAAAGCAUGGAAUCAACGGUGAGUGUCUAAGGCUUUUAGUGCUCCACAUACACUCGAAAAAAAAAUAACUUCGCGUAUUUCUAUCUGUACCUAUUCCAUAUAUAUUUCACUUAUCCCAUCUCUACCUCUUUCGUUUUGGUCUUGACCCUGCUAGUGUUCUAUGUUUUUCUACAUACAUGUCUAGCUGUCAUGUUUAAGGAAAAUAUAAAAUGAAUAAUUAAUUUUGAUGAAUAAAUAUAGUACAACUAUCCGGUAUAAGUCAACCAAAAAAUUUAUAGUGCUGUCGUGAUAGUAAGACUUUUGGAAUGAAUUAAUCCACAAGGAGGUAAGCCUUUCAUGAAGAUAAGCAGAUCAUCCACAUACUGUUCUGAUUUAGUAAAGUUCUGAUAUGUUUUGGCAUGGGGCGCUGGUAAAACAGUAAACAGUACCGCAGUAUCUUGUGUGUGUUCCUUGAUCAUUUCGUUCAUAAUAAUAUACUGGGCUCUCGACGAAAGAUUAUUGAAGCUGAAAUUAUCAUCUAGAUCUUCAUUUUCCAUGCUCUGGUGUUCGCUAGAAUCGGACAUUUGGGGUUGUGUAUCAUAAGGUGUUUCAAGGGAAUUAUGGGAGCAAAAUCGAUUAAGUUUAGGAAACGAGUCAUAUUCAUCGUCAACGGAUGAAGGUUGGCUAAAAGGAUGAGCUUGUUUUAGGGAUUGACCAAGUCGGAAACUCAAAGGAAUGCUCAGCGGUGGAGCACUUCGCUUUCGAGCACUGGAUGCCCCAAAGUUAUAGUCAGAGUAUUUACGAUGGAUUAACGAAUUUUUCGAAAAAGCCAUUGAACUAUUCCGAUGUCGUGAAAGAUCAUUCCACCAAGGGUCAUCUUUUAGCAUAAGCUCUAUAGUGGCUGCAUUUUCAGGUGAAAUGGGCUCAUUUUUCAAGAUAUAUCUAUAAGCUUCCAAGUUGCUUGAAGAAAGACACAGAACUUUCACUUCUGCUUUCAUCCUGAAUGUCUCUAGUAAUUGUUCCAAACUUUCUUUUUCAGCUUUGAUUUCAUUCUCGUGCUCUACGAUAGUAAGCAGCCGUAACGUGCAGCCCUGUUUCCACUCAGGUGAUGUGUGUAAUAUCCAACUUAAUUGAAAAACCAUUGUGUACGUCUCUAAAUUAGUAGCAAAUAAAGGCCUCGUCCUACUCGUAUUUGAUUCCAAAUUUGAAGCCAUGUGUACGGGAAACAUAUCAAUGUAUCGUUUUGUUCCUUUUGUCUGAGGCCACUGCAGUCUAUCAAAUCCAUAAGUUACCAUCACGUCAACAAGACCAGCUAGAAUGUCUUCUAGAAUUUGAACCCAUUUAACUGGUAAAAUUGCAUGUUCAGCAAUGUGGGAGUCCGACAUAUCUUUGGCACUAGAAGACUCGUCAUCAUCUUCAAGAGUUUUGUGCUUCGCUGCAUCAAUCUUUUUGUAUCUUGUGUUUAUAAACGUGAGUACGGCAAUAUUUGGACGUAUACCUCCUAGUCCAGCUGAUGAAAUAAGACCACGAAUUCCCCAUACUUCAUCGGGUGCAACAGUAAGAUCCACGAAUCCCUUGAUGUCUCUCUCAAGAAUGAACUCAUGCCAUAGUUGUUGCUGUCUUCGCAAUUCUUCCAUACUGGCUUGAAAAUCCUUAGACACAAUUACAUGCCCUAAAAUGUAAAGUGACCCUGGAAGAUUAGCAUAUUUGAGAGCUGUGUACUAACUUACCUUUUUUCAAAGAAUUGCAAAAACGAAUUAUAUUUUCCGAGCGGUUUGGAUUAUUUACGAGCAAUAAAAUCUGUGGACGCCAAUACUUUAUAUUCUCUUUCGUUUUAUUAGUAUGCAGAAGGUACUUUCGAAGUUGGUGAUAAAUAAUUCCUUGUGAAACAUCACCCCAGUUUUUUGGAGGACUUGUGAAGUAGAUGACAAAAAUCAAUAAUCCAGCAAUCAAGAACGAGACAAACGCGUUUAUUUGAUCGAUAUAAAACAUGAUCCCGAAAGACAGAGCGCACCCAAAACCAGUAGUAAAUCGAUUAAAAAACGAAAAGGUAGGACGAAAGUUGGGAGUGCUGCUUAAUCUUAAUAAUAGACAGGCCAAGUUAAUAAAUCCAAAUGUUAAGAGAAAAGUCAUAGUUAUCAUUGACGAAAGCAUGUUUAUGUCCCAAUAAAGACUAACUUGAGUAAUCACAUACGUUAAAAAUAUGGCA